AUGCAAACUUUUUCUCUGUUUUGUAUUUCCCUAGUCAUCGUUUUGGCAACAGGCUACAGCGAUGCUUUCACCAGAAAUGAUUUUCCUGAAGAUUUCCUCUUCGGAGCCGCCACUUCUGCUUAUCAGUGGGAAGGAGCUGUUGAUGAAGAUGGAAGGACUCCUAGUGUCUGGGAUACUUUCUCCCACUCUAAUAACAAAGGCAAUGGAGAUAUAGCAUGUGAUGGGUAUCACAAAUACAAGGAAGAUGUUAAGCUGAUGGCAGAAAUGGGCUUAGAAUCAUUCAGGUUCUCUAUCUCAUGGACAAGACUCAUACCUAACGGAAGAGGACCACUUAACCCAAAAGGUUUAAGAUUUUACAAAAACCUCAUCAAAGAACUACGUAGCCAUGGAAUCGAACCACACGUCACACUUUACCACUAUGACCUUCCUCAGACUCUAGAAGAUGAGUACGGAGGAUGGAUCGACCGCAAAGUCAUAAAAGACUUCACUGCUUUUGCAGAUGUAUGCUUCAGAGAGUUUGGAGACGAUGUGAAGUUUUGGACUACAAUCAAUGAGGCUACAAUAUUCGCCAUUGCUUCUUACAGCGAAGGAUUUGCGCCUCCAGGACAUUGUUCUAACAACGAGUUCUUCAAUUGCUCCACUGGAAACUCUUCUACUGAACCAUAUAUUGCAGGCCAUAACAUGUUGCUAGCUCAUGCCUCUGCUUCCAAAUUGUAUAGACUAAAGUACAAGAGUAAGCAGAGAGGAUCCAUAGGCCUUAGCAUAUAUGCAUUCGGUUUAACUCCUUAUACUAACUCCAAGGACGAUGAAAUCGCAACUGAGAGAGCAAGAGAUUUCUUCUUUGGCUGGAUGUUGAAGCCUUUGGUGUUUGGGGACUAUCCGGAAGUAAUGAAGAGAAUAUUGGGACCGAGGUUACCAGUUUUCACAGAGGAAGAGUCGGAGCAAGUCAAAGGAUCAUCUGACUUUGUCGGAAUAAUCCACUACAUGACGGUAUAUGUCAAAAACAGUAAACCCACACUUUCUCUUCUUCCGACCAGAGAAGACUUCUUUGCAGACAUGGGCGCAGAGACUAUUUACAUUGGGAAUUCUACAUUCUUUACGUGGGAUGUUAUGCCAUGGGGUCUUGAAAGUGUCUUGGAGUAUCUAAAGCACAACUAUAACAAUCCUCCAAUCUACAUUCUUGAAAAUGGUAACGCGAUGAAACAUGGUUCGACGAUGGAAGACUCAGAAAGCGUUGAUUACAUUAAAGGUUACAUUGGUGCUGUGCUCAACGCCAUCAAGAAUGGAUCGGACACAAGAGGUUACUUUGUAUGGUCGAUGAUUGAUUUGUACGAGUUGUUGAGUGGAUACGAGUACAGCUAUGGAAUGUACUAUGUGAAUUUCAGCGAUCCUGAGCGCAAGAGGUCUCCAAAGCUCUCUGCUUCUUGGUACACUGGUUUUCUCAAUGGUACAAUCGAUGUUGAUCCUCAAGAUAUUGCUCGGUUCCAGAGCAACUUCUCUGGUUCUUCUUCACUGGAAUUCUACAGCGAUGCUUUCACCAGAACCGAUUUUCCUGAGGAUUUCGUCUUCGGAAGUGCCACUUCUGCUUAUCAGUGGGAAGGAGCUGCUGACGAAUAUGGAAGGACUCCUAGCGUCUGGGAUACUUUCUCCCACUCUCAUGACAUAGGUGAUGGAGAUAUAGCAUGUGAUGGUUAUCACAAAUACAAGGAAGAUGUUAAGCUGAUGGCAGAGAUGGGUUUAGAAGCAUUCAGAUUCUCCAUCUCAUGGACAAGGCUCAUACCUAAUGGAAGAGGACCCAUUAACCCAAAAGGUUUAAGAUUUUACAAAAACCUCAUCAAAGAACUACGAGGCCAUGGAAUCGAACCACACGUUACACUUCACCACUAUGAUUUUCCUCAGUCCCUUGAAGAUGAGUACGGAGGAUGGAUCAACCGCAAAAUCAUAGAAGACUUCACUGCUUUUGCAGAUGUAUGCUUCAGAGAGUUUGGGGAGGAUGUGAAGUUUUGGACUACAAUCGAUGAAGCUAACGUAUUCGCCAUUGGUGCUUAUAGCCAAGGAAUUGUGGGGCCUGGACAUUGUUCUUCUAACAAAUACGUCAAAUGCUCCACUGGAAAUUCAUCUACUGAACCAUAUAUUGCAGGCCAUAACCUAUUGCUAGCUCAUGCCUCUGCUUCCAAACUGUAUAGACUAAAGUAUAAGAGCAAGCAGAGAGGAUCCGUAGGCCUUAGCAUAUUUGCACUCGGUUUCUUUCCUUACACUAACUCCAAGGAUGAUGAAAUCGCUACUGAGAUGGCUAAAGAUUUUUUCUCUGGCUGGAUGUUGAAGCCUUUGGUGUUUGGGGACUAUCCAGAAGUAAUGAAGAGAAACGUGGGACUGAGGUUACCAGUUUUCACAGAGCAAGAGUCAGAGCUAGUCAAAGGAUCAUCCGACUUUGUAGGUAUAAUCCACUACACGACAUACUCUGUCAAAAACAUUAAACCAACACUUUCUCUCCUUCCCAACGACAUUAGCUUCUUCACAGACAUGGGCUUCGAGCUUAUCUACACUGGUGCUUCGGUCUCUUCGUGGAAGUCUGUUCCAUGGGGUUUUGAAAGUGUGUUGGAGUAUGUGAAACAGAGCUAUAACAAUCCUCCCAUCUACGUUCUUGAAAACGGUUUUCCGUUGGAACACGAUACGACGCUGCAAGACUCAGAAAGAGUUGAAUACAUUCAAGACUACAUUGGUGCUAUGCUCAACGCCAUCAAGAAUGGAUCGGACACAAGAGGUUACUUUGUAUGGUCGAUGAUUGAUUUGUUCGAGUUAUUAGCUGGAUACGAGACCAGCUUUGGACUGUACUAUGUGAAUUUCAGCGACCCUGGUCUCAAGAGAUCUCCAAAGCUCUCUGCUUCUUGGUACACUGGUUUUCUCAAUGGUACCAUUGAUGUUGUUCCUCAAGAUGUUACUCGGUUCCAGAGCAACUUCUCUGGCUCCUCUUCAUUGUAA